AUGUCAUUCGGUCGGGCUGGUGUCCAAAUCCUCAGUCGUCGCGUGAAAAUUCCCAGAAAAUUCUGUGAAAAUCAUGGAAGUUUUCCAAACCGAUAACUACUACAUUUUCGUGAAGCGUGAGAAGAGCCUGUGGUGGCACCGAACGACGUCGGAGUUUCAGUUGAAAGCAGGAUGGGAUCUGUCUUCUGUUGACGACAUUGAAUGUAUUGGAAUCACACAUGGCAUCGUUGGUGUCAUAUCACUACCGGGUGUAUACGAACCGCAUUUAGUAUUAAUAAAGGAAGCUUCUCCGGUUGGCGUCCUUUAUCCACCAAAUCUAGUUUAUAAGAUCAAAUCGAUUUGCAUAUUGGGUCCGGAUGAACCCGAUGCUGUGCUCACUGCGUGUCCACGACACAAUUCCUCAAGGCUAUCGAAUUCCUCAAAUGUAUCACAAAAAUCUCCGCAGAAAUCUCGCUUAUUUGAAAGUAGUCAACUUAUGAACAAAACAUGGGGUGCGAUGAAAAGUGCUGGAAACACAAUUAAGAAUACAACUCAACAAGCAGCAGCUAUAGCUUCGAAUCAGGUGAAGUCGUCGGUGGGAAUAAAAGACCCCGGUCGAAUUGAGAAACGAAUAACUGACGAAUUGCAUAAGAUCUUUGAUGAUACGGAUAGUUUUUACUAUUGUUUGGAAAGUGAUAUUACUCAUAAUUUGCAACGGCGAGAGAAUGGAAAAUAUGAUGAACGAUUUUUUUGGAAUCAACAUAUGAUAGAGAGUAUUAUGAAAUUAAAUGACAAGACAUGGAUCAUCCCUAUCAUACAAGGAUACAUUCAGGUUGAGCAAUGUGUAAUUGGAAAUGAUUGCUUUACGUUGGCUUUAGUUUCACGACGAUCUCGUUAUCGGGCUGGAACUCGAUACAAACGUCGAGGUGUCGAUGAAAAUGGCCAUUGCGCGAAUUAUGUCGAAACUGAACAAAUUCUAUCAUUCCGCCAACAUCAGAUGUCUUUCACGCAAGUUCGAGGCUCAGUUCCUGUAUUUUGGAGUCAACCUGGCUAUAAAUACCGACCGCCACCCCGAUUGGAUCGAGAUGAAAAUGAAACGCAGAUUGCAUUUGAAAAACAUUUCGCCCAAGAACUCGAUACUUAUCGCAAUGUGUGCAUUAUCAAUUUGGUUGAGCAGAGUGGAAAAGAAAAGGUUAUUGGCGAUGCGUAUGCUAAUCACGUUGUACGCUACAACAACGAUCACUUAAUCUACGUUACUUUUGAUUUUCACGAUUAUUGCCGUGGAAUGCACUUUGAAAAUGUAUCGGCACUUGUCGAAGCAUUAGCCCCGGAAGCAGGAGCUAUGGGUUUCCAUUGGCGCGAUGGAAAAGGAAUAAUCUGCAAUCAGAAGGCGGUAUUCCGUGUUAACUGUAUGGAUUGCUUGGAUCGCACGAAUGUUGUACAGACAGCUCUAGGGAAAGCCGUUUUGGAAUCCCAAUUAGUUAAACUUGGCCUUGCACCGCCAUAUACUCCAAUUCCAGAGCAAUUGAAAAAUCCGUUCAUGGAUUUAUGGGCUAAUAAUGGCGAUAUCAUUAGUCGUCAGUACGCUGGCACGAAUGCAUUAAAGGGAGACUAUACCCGCACGGGCGAGCGGAAACUUACGGGGAUUAUGAAGGACGGAAUGAAUUCAGCUAACCGUUACAUCAUACAAAAUUUCGCUGAUUCGUUUCGCCAGAGCGUGAUUGAUUUAAUGCAAGGCAACUUGACCGAUUAUACACAAUUAACAGAUGAUGAUGUUCUUGAUACCCUAGUUGAAGUAGCAAAAACGGCGUUAGUACCAACGAAACCACCGCCUCUUCGUGGUUACUUUAAUGUUGGCGUUUUUGGUGCUGAAGCUCGAUUAGCUGAAGAUUUAAUUUACCAUACAAGUUAUUAUUUGGCUCGGUUCAAAGACUCAUAUAGACAGGCUACAAUUGAUUUGAUGCUUGGUAAUCAGGUGUCGUCAGAGUCUUUAAACGUACUUGGGGGCAAUGCUGCCCCCGACGACAGCGAUGUUUUGGAAGGCGCCGAACACGCAAGAUUGCUUGUGGAAGAUUGCCGUAGACUCUUGCUCGGCUCUGCUCAAUAUCCAGUAGGAGCUUGGGGUCUUAUAGAUGCUGAUCCAAGUUCCGGUGAUCCUAAUGAAACGGAGGUGGAUAGCAUCUUAUUGCUUACGGAUGAUUGCUACAUUGUUGCUGACUACGACUCGCAUUUAGAUAAGAUUACGCGCUUUGAAAAAGUCGCUUUAACUAAUAUCACCACGAUUGAGUUGGGAAUGUAUCAACAAACGAAAAUCUUCCAAGGAAGCGCCCCAGCUUUCUUUUGUCUACGUUUGAAUUACUCUGUGGAUGGAGUUGAUGGAUAUUUUCAUAUGUUCCGUUCGCCUAACUUGCGAUUUUUUAAUAACGUUGCUAUUGUUAUAAAAACACAGGAGGAGCUAGUUGAAUCGCUCUCAGCGAUCGUGGAAUUCUUCCGAAUUGCAUUAGAUACAGUUAGCAAAAAGGACGUCCAGUUUAUCUGUGGGGGCAUGUUGCAACGGCGCAAAAGUCGUACUCACUUAUUAGAUGUCCCUAAGGGAAUUCCACGAAAUCUUUCCGAGUCGCAACUAGUUCAAAUGAGUUCAAAGGCGCUUUGUAAUGUAGCUGGGCAAUUUACGAAGCUCGGUCAGACUUUGAAUCCCAACCGUAGCAGCCGGAGCAAGGCGUCACAAAGAGCAAGCAGUGCUAGUGCUUAUCUCCAAAAUACAAGCAAAAUCGAGACAGGAAUUGAAGCGGAGAAAGCUGUUUUCAUUGUCGGUAGUAGUAAAACAAAAUCAUCAGCUUCUAGCUCUGACUCCGAGGAUACGGAAAACAGUAUCUAUGAACCACAAAACUCCGAAAUUGAAUCUUCCAAUAUUUGUGCUGAUAGCACGUUUCUUCCAUCUGUUGGUAUCGUAAUGUCUUCGAGCAACGAACAAUCAAUUCCGAAUCCAGUUAGCCAAUUAGAGGACAAAGACAAUGUAGCUAAGAUGUCCGAGGAUGUUCUAACGAUGUCAAUAUCAUCCGUGACGGAUCAUGUGACUUUACCGGCUGGCCUAUUGGAAAAUGCUGAACACAUACAUUCUCGUUGUCCCACCCCAGAAAUACGUGUGGAAUCUUCGCCACAACUAACAGAUAACCUCGUUAGACAAGAAUCCUCAUCGGCCGGGGAAACCCGUACACCAUCUCCACGAGAUUUGAGUUUAAAUUUGAGCGGUUCGCAAAGCGAUAAUGCUCUGAAACAAUUGAAGAAUCUGACGAGUCCGUUGUCGAAAUUGGCAAAAGGAAUGCAAAGCUUAGGAAUGAAUUUAGAUCCCAGGAAGAUUGCUACGAAGUCGGGAAUGGUGGCUCAGUCACCGCCACAGUUAGACGACAGUUCGCCAUCAGAGCGUAAUAAACUUCAAGAAAUGUGGGAUACCAGCAAAUGUAAAACUAAACUCAUAGCUUUGUAAAGAUAAUUAUCAUUUAGAACAAUUUUCAGGCAAUGGACAAUAGCAGAAACUAUUUUUAGCCACAUUUGAUUUUAUAACAUUUUUGUCUCCAGUAUUAGUUCUUUUACUCAACAAUUUGCUUAUAUUUAGGUAUUAUUUAUUUUUUAAUUUUGUUGACUUCAUUCUGAGAAUACCAUUGUUUAUCACAUUUUCCUUGAUUUAAAUACUGUGAUAAAGUAAAUAAAAAAUAUAUCCAAUAUUAUUUGUCACAUAUUCCUUUGUUUACGAACUUAACCUUAUUUUAAAAUUUGCUAUUUACUCAAAUAUUAUUUUCCAUGAGAUUAUUGUUAAUCAGAAUGAUUAGAUUCCGAUCCUAAAAUGUUGCAGCUAGCAGGAAUUAGGCUUGAGCAAAAUUAAAUCUUUUUUGAUGCUCAUAUAUUCCAAUUGUGAAUACAACUGGUGUUGGUUUAUUCAAUUCGAAAUCGAGUGCUACUCCACUGGUAUCUAACCAUGUAUGUCCAUUAACAGAGAAGAUGAAGGAAGGGAGGAAAUUGAUAAAAUAAUAUUAGGAAGUACUCUAGCUUGUCGCGUAUCCGAAACUACUCCAUGAAGUUACAAAUGUAUAUAAAUAUUUAAUUAUUUAUGAAUCAUACUAAAAAUAUGAAGAUCUAACGCUAGGGAGGAUUAGCAUUAAUAAAAUGGCUUAAUACACAAUAUAAUAAUAUUUGGAGAAAACUAUCCUGGAUAGUGGUGAUUGAAUGCUGUACGCAGAACAGUUUUCUUAUGAUAACUUAUGUUUUUUGCGUAGUAUUGCGUAGCAGUAGACAUUUAUGAUAUACCAUAUUGCAAAGUUAUUCAUAUAUAAUGAGUAAACAAUUGUUGCUUAGCUCUAAUAGUACAGUAGGAAGCAUACAUAUGAAUUUCAUCUUAAAUACUCCAGAAAGUUGUGAAAGAUUUUAGAGUGAUUAAUUGGAAUUGCUUGUUGAGGGUUUUUACUAGGUAGUGUUCAUACUAAGGAACCAAUUUCGCUUUCAAUGGAUUUCACAUGUUAAUUCGAUCUGGGCUUUGAAGUGUGUUAGAGCACUUCAUUCCAGACCGUAACGGUAUACUUCAGUAGGAGGCAGUGUGGUUAGAUUUGAUUCGUAUGCGACAUAUUCACGACACGAUACCAAUCCUCUUGCUGCGAGAUUUGAACCGUGGCCUUCCGCUACGACAGCCUGAGCCAUCCGGUCACAUAGAGAUUUGUAUUGGAUCCUUAUAUCUUCUGCCGUGGGGCGAAGUUAGCUCAUAAUAGCAAGAUUUUCUCCUUUCUAUACUUCUUCAUUUUUCUCAAUUUGCAUUGUAUGAAUCCGAUUAUGGAAUUCUUCGCAUCACAAUCCUUCUGGGAUGCUAGCAUUCUCCGUACCCAAUUUAUCAGUAGUAACAUUUCACCUGAGACGGUCCUGAAUGCGGAACAUACUCUUAGGGCAUGUGCUGUACACCGUACUUAUUUUAUGUGUGUUACAUAACAUGCAGUACCUUCUCUUAAACUGGGUGGCAUAGAGUAAAAUAGAUCUGACCACCCUGGCUAGAAACAACCUAAAAGUAUACCGUGGCCCUCCUGUAUUCGGCAACCGAGGAAUAUAUUAGGACUGGCAAAAUGAUUGGCUUGAACAACAACAUGAGGAGACGUUUCCAACGGAAUAGUUUUUGUAAGCUCGUCGUUGGUUGUGAUCGGUUGUAAUUUUGACCUUAGACAGGAAAAAUGUUCAUUGGUUUAAACAUUUUAUUCUCCUAUCUUUAGUUUUCAGUUGACCAGCGCUAUUUCAUGUUAUUAUUUCCUGCUUUUUUUGUGCCAACGUUGUCACCAUGUACUUUGUUUUGCAUUCGCUAAUUUACAAUCCUAGAUCUCGCGCCCCCCACUAAAUAAAAUGAUACCUCUCGAAUUAAAAUCACGGAUCACUUUUUCCAGGGUUGGAUAAAUGAUAGGGCAUGUCCUAGGUUGAUGGUGAGAAAUCUCGCUAGUGAUCCUGUUACUUUUAUGUAGCCUCGGACAUUAGUUAAUGUUAGUCUCGUCAGUCUUUUCAAUUUAGCUGGGAUACCGGCUCCUCUCAUAUCAGUAUGGAGUCUCACCCCUGCAAUGUUAUAAUAGGUGGUUUUGAAUACGAUGAAGGGAUGGUGUAACCGAUGGCCAUAUUUCGUGUUUUUCCAUCGCUUGUCGCAGAGAGAAAAUCUGAUCUGUUACUAAUUCGCCUGGAAAGAAGCCUAUUUGGUAUGGGUCGGUGCUGUUCUGGUUGUGUGGCGCUACCCUAUCCAAACAAAACACCUUAAAGGUAGUACUGAGCUGCCAAGCUGCCAUCUAUAAUCGCUGCGUUGCGUGAUCUGCCUCGUUACCAGUCAUCAGGCAUUGAUUCGCUGUCCCAAACUUUCACCAUAAGUUGAUUAACCGCUUGGUGUAGUUGCCUUGGCUCCAUACAUAUUUAAAUAUUUCGGCUGUGAUUUCAUCGAAUUCUGACAGCCUAAGAUUCUUAAGGUGAUGAAUUAUAUAGCAAAUUAACAACAUUUAUCGGUUGUCUUCAGUUGGUGGCAUGUCCAACUUGACGAUGUUUUGGUUCUUGAACGGUUCUUGAAAAUACCCGCCUGAUCCCUCCAAUGUGGGAAUCGAUUUCCCGGAUGGAUCAGAUUUCUUUCUUUGAUUUGGCAGGAUCAUCAUCAUCAACGGCGCAACAAUCGGUAUCCGGUCUAGGCCUGCCUUAAUAAGGAACUCUAGACAUCCCGGUUUUGUGCCAAUUCGAUAUC